CCGCGCUGGAAUACCGAGAGAAAAGAGCGGCGGAUAACGAACGGAAAACGGGGAAAGAGCUGGAGCUGCGAGCAUGGCGGUCGAGGAGGAAGGUCUUCGGGUUUUCCAGAGUGUCAAAAUAAAAAUCGGUGAGUUUUGGAGCGCGUUUCAUAUUCUGACUGAAAUCACACGGCGAAUUCUCACGGUCUAUUGUGAGAAUUUGUGGACAUUUAUACAAAUGAUUUGUCAUUUAGAUAUGAACGCGGAUACAUAUAUGAGGCAGUUCGAUCGUAUCACAUACUGUGGAGGUUUAGAAGCUGCAGAGCAUUUGUUUGUAGCUCUGGACUCGUUCCUGGCGGGUUUUCAGUCUGAAACACAAGAACAAGAUGCUGAUGAUGAAAUCAUUCCUCCCGACUCGAACAGACAGGCUUGCGGGUUUCUUCCUGGACGGGCUGUGUGUUGUGUGUUCUCGGGCUGCACGAUACAUCGUUUCAGCAUCGAUAUAGCGAUGCGCAUCCGCGAGAGCCACAUAGCAGGAUGUGCGAUUCCGUUCUACGGUGAAGACUUUUAUUGUGAAAUCCCGCGCAGUUUCCGCCAUCUGUCCUUCUACAUCUUUGACAGAGACGUGUUCAGGAGGGACUCCAGCAUUGGUAAAGUGGCCGUGAAGAAGGAAGACCUGCAGAAAUACCACGGUAAAGACCACUGGUUCCCGCUGCAGCCGGUGUGUGCAGACUCAGAGGUGCAGGGAAUGGUUCACCUGGAGCUGCGUCUCAGUGAGGUCAUCACAGACAGCGGAGUCGUCUGCCACAAGCUGGCAACACGGGUUCUGGAGUGCCAGGAUCUGCCGAUAGUGAAUAACCAGUGUGAUCCGUAUGCUGCCGUCUCGUUACUCGGCUCGUCCAGUAUUUCCUAUGGGUGCCCACUUUUGUCCACGAAGGACAAAAUAAGAAGUUUUUAUUUUUUCUCACAGGUGACCAAACCGCUGAGCUACACCAAACGCCAGUUUGACGUGGAAGAGGACGACGUGGACAAGCUCGCGCUCAAGGUGGAUCUGUGGAACGCCAGCAAUCUGAAGUUCGGAGAUGAGUUUCUGGGAGAGGUACGGGUGCCGCUGAAGGUGCUGGGACAGUCGGGUGUUCACGACGCAUGGUACUUCCUGCAGCCCAGAGAUAACGGCAAUAAAUCGGUGAAGGCUGAUGAGCUGGGCUCGUUACGACUCAACAUCGUUUACACGGAAGACCAUGUGUUCCCCACGGAGCAUUAUAACCCGCUCCGAGACCUGCUGCUGCAGUCGGCGCACAUCGAGCCUGUUUCAGCGUCCGCGGCUCAUAUCUUGGGCGAGGUGUGUCGUGAGAAGCAGGAGGCGGCUGUUCCUUUGGUGCGACUUUUCCUGCACUAUGGCAAAAUCGUGCCUUUCCUCAGUGCCAUCGCCCACGCCGAGAUCAGCCGCACGCAGGAUCCCAACACCAUAUUCCGGGGAAACUCGCUGACGUCUAAAUGCAUCGAUGAGACCAUGAAGCUGGCGGGGAUGCAUUAUCUGCGCGUCACGCUCAAACCCAUCAUCGAUGAAAUCUGCACAGACCACAAACCCUGCGAGAUCGACCCCGUCAAACUGAAGGAGUCCGAGAACUUGGACGCCAACAGGGAAAACUUGCGUCAGUACGUGGACCGGAUCUUUAACGUGAUCACCAGCUCGGGUGUGAGCUGCCCGACGGUCAUGGGUGACAUCUUCUUCUCGCUGCGAGAGUCUGCGGCGUCACGCUUCGAGGUUGACCCGGAUGUGCGGUACACAGCUGUUAGCAGUUUCAUCUUCCUCCGUUUCUUUGCUCCCGCCAUCCUCUCUCCGAACCUCUUCCAGCUGCGUCCUCAUCACCCGGAUCCGCACACGUCUCGGACGCUGACGCUCAUUUCCAAAACCAUCCAAACUCUGGGAAGCCUGGCCAAGUCCAAAUCUGCCAAUUUCAAAGAGUCCUACAUGGCUGCGUUCUACGACUACUUCAACGAGCAGAAGUACGCCGAUGCAGUGAAGAACUUCCUGGAUCUGAUCUCGUCCUCGGCCCGCUGGGAUCAGAAGAGCAUCGAGACGCCCAUCAUGCUGAAGGAAGGGAGCGUUAAACUCCUUAUUAAGAGGUUUGAUGCCAAAGGCUCUGGCAGAUUCAUGAUCAAACGAGCGCAAGGACGAAACCGCUUCGGUCUGAAGAACUUCAAGUCGAGAUGGUUCCGCCUGACCAACCACGAGUUCACCUACCACAAAACCAAAGGUAACGCAAAAGGAGAGGGCGCUCUGUGCAGCAUCCCUAUUGAGAACAUCCUGGCUGUAGAGAGACUCGAGGAAGAGUCCUUCAAAAUGAAGAACAUGUUCCAGGUCAUCCAGCCGGAGAGGGCGCUCUACAUCCAGGCCAAUAACUGUGUGGAGGCGCGUGACUGGAUCGACAUCCUGACCAAAGUCAGUCAGUGUAACCGCAAGCGUCUGAGCACUUACCACCCGUCGGCGUUCCUCAACGGACACUGGCUUUGCUGCAAGCUGUCUGCGGACUCGGCUCCCGGCUGCACGCCAUGCACAGGGGGACUUCCAGCCAACAUCCAGCUGGAUGUAGACGGAGACCGAGAGACGGAGCGGAUCUACUCGCUCUACAGCACAUACAUGGCCAAACUAGUCAAGAUGCAGGAGGCCUGUGGCAGUAAGUCUGUGUACGACGGUCCUGAGCAGGAGGAAUACUCCACGUUUGUGAUCGACGACCCGCAGGAGACGUAUAAAACCCUGAGACUCGUCAUCUCAGCCGUACAGACACUGGAGCAGCAGCACAUGCAGUACAAACGAGACAAGUUCAGGAAAACCAAGUACGGCAGCCAGGAACAUCCAAUCGGUGAUCAGAGCUUCCAGUGCUACAUCCGCCAGCAGUCAGAAAGCUCCACCUACUCCAUCUGACCACGCCCACUGCAGACACCGCGCCGUCUCCACGGCAACAGUCGCGUCUCAGACAGGAAACGACUCACAGGGAGGCGGCCACAGACAAAAGCUAAACAAAAGUGAAAAAGCAAAAGUGUUUUUUUACGAUUUUAACCUAUCAACCGAUGUAGCUCUGCCUCGCGGCACGUUUUGACGUUUGAUGAUGUUUUUAAGCUAGGAGACGAGCAGACGUCCUCUAGCGGUGGAUGUUUUUAUAAACAGAGUAUUGGACCAAAGGACAGAUUCCACAAUCCUUUGCUUUGACAGGGUUUGGUUGGUGGAUGUGAGAGCUGUAAGCGUGUUUUGAACUCGUAUAGAAAUAUUCUGCUCUUCCCUCCAUUCACACGCGUCCAGUUUUGAUGUCAUGUGUGUGAGUGUGUGUGUGUGUGUGUGUGAAUCUGAAAUGAGGGCGCAUGAAUGUGUUUCAUUGAUUAAUUAUGAAUAAUAAUUCCCAGUUCAUCACAUCACACUGUAUAGAGAUAUUUAAUAUGGACGUGGUUAUUUUGAUGCAUUUCAUGAAACCUGUCAAGAUCAUGACCUACUCAAAUUUCACCCUUAAAUCAUAUUA